UAUGUAAUGGAUUAGAGACUAUAUGAAUCUGAUAAUUUAGACCAAUUUGUCACCAUCAUUAAAUAGCACUAAAUUUAUAACCUUUUAGAUUCUAAUCUACUAUUUGUAACUCACACACUUCAUCACUGAAUAGUAUGAUGAAAAUGUUUUCAGAUUCAUAAAAAACAUAUCAGAAAUAUGUGUUCUGACUCCUUUGUUUUAAGAUAUCUAUGCCAUAAAUGCUCUUACUGGUAUACUGCUUAUUCUAUUCAACUUAAUACCUUAUCUAAUAAUUUUGCACAGAAAAUUCACAAAUGAAUACUAAAAAGUAGCAAUCAUAUCCAAAUCAUUAUCGCAGGUACAAGCAAGUUUAAAUUAAGUCUGCCACAAAGUUGGUGAAUUGUUAUUUCCUGUAUUUCACAUGGUUUCUUUACUUGCCUCAGAUGCAUUACAUAGGUUGGAACUUUUUAAGUUAGAGUGAUCUAUUUCUCAUUGUGCUUUCAGUGAUAAUACUUAGUACAUCAACUGGAUCAUUAUUGAUUUCAAAUAUCUACUUCAUUAACUUUGAAUUCAAUGAAUAAUCAUUAAGAAAGCAUUUCACAUAUUAUAAUUGUUUUGCACAAUUGUUAAUCAUUCCUAUGGCUAUAUUGAAUCAAAGUACUAAUUCUAUGUACUAAUUGAUUGGUAGAAUAAUUCAUGGCAUUAUUUUAUUUGUCUUGAUUUAUGAAGCCUAUUUUGAAUUACCAUUUGGGUAAAUGUUAUUCAAUAACUCUUAGAUUUUCAAAGUAUUCGACAAUUUACAAUAGACUAUUAGUAAUGCAUAUAAUAAUGUAUAUUUUCACAUCUAAUUUAUAUUCAAAUCCAGAUCAGGCUUAUAAUUUAUUAACUGUUAUGUUAAUUAUGUAACCAGUAUCAUAACUUCUAUUUCAAACCUUAAUUCAACAUAAAAGAUUAAAGACUUAUCAUAAUACUUUAAAUUAAUAUUAUGAAUUAUUAAUAAUUGAAGAUUUCUUUGAUUUAAUUUAAGCAGCUCAGAAAAGUAAAAAAAGAAUCAUUGAAUUAAUCUAAAAAUUUAGUUUACAUUUAAAUCGUUGUCAAUCACUUAAAUGUUAAUGUAAGAAAAUUGGUGCUGGAGGUGUCUUAAAAUAAGAAGAUGCAGUCAUUUUAACAUCUUGUUUAUUUAGAAUUGGAUUUGAAAAGCAUAGAAAUGAUUCUAAAAAUCUAGAAAUUUAUAGUCUGAAAUUUCUUACAUUUAUUAAUAAAUAUAGAAAUAAUGCCCCAAAAAGUUAUUAAGAAUUGAAGAUUUUAUUUUAAAAAAAAAGAGAAUACUCAUUUUAUUUCAUAUAAAUUUCACUUUUAUUAUAAUUUAUUUUAUAAGCAUAAAUGUAAAAAGAUGAAGAUUAUAAUAUAAAUAAAGAUACAAGAGUAUCAAAUGUAAAAUUACAAGUAAGUAAAAGUGAAAGAAGUAUUGUUUAAACACUUUAUUAAAUGGAAUAAAUUAAAUAGAAUUUAUUACCAUUAUUAAUGCAAUUAAGUUAAUUUAAAGUUCAAUUUUGGAAACAUUAUUUAGCAGGUAAAUUUUCUAAUUUCUCUGAAAUUGAAAUAGAAGUGAGAAAAUUACAGAUUUUAAAAAAUUAAAUUUUAAAUUAAAUAAAAAUUUAUAAACCAAUUUUUUAUACUCAUGGACGAACAUUUAAUGUACAAUUCCUAAAGUAUAGUGCUUUGAUAGAUUUACUAUUAUUUAAUAAUGUUAGAAAAUAUUUUGAAUUAGAAAGAGGUAAGAAUUAUAAUAAUUAUAUAUUUUUAGAAAGAAGAGAGAUUUUAUAAUUAGAGAAAAGUAUGAACUCAUUUGAAAUAACAAAUAUUAACUUUUUUAAAGGUGAAGCAAUAUCUGUAAAAGUUUGUAUUGCAUCAGGGCCAAACAUUGGAAAAGUUUUAAAUGAAGUUAUAUCUCCAUUAAUUCCAAAAUUUUUUGGAUUUCAUCGUUUUGAUAAUCCUUUGGAGGCAUUUUUAGAUUUUACAAAAGGAAAUAUAAAUACAUUGAUGCCUAGUUGGUUAGAACCAGUUCAUGAUGAGAUAAUGUAAAAUUAUAUUAGAAGAGGAGGAACAGCAAGAAUAGGUAAGUACUUUUAAACUUUUGCAAAAACAUAUGAUAAAACAUUGAUAAGAUGUUAAGUUUAUUUAGCACAUAAUUUUAGUUAAAAUUUGACAGAUGAUUUUACAAUGAUUGGUUGUUUAAAAUCAUUAGAAGAAGAAUAACCUAAGAUCAUACAUGGUAAAGAUCCUAAAAAACUUAAGGAUGUAGCUUUUAAAGGAGCUUAACAUAUAUUAUUUGAUGUUAAUGGAACUAUUUUAGGAAUAACAUAAGGAUUAUAUUUAAUGAUUGAUCGAUUAUAAAGAAAUAAAAAAACAUCAAAUGUUGAACAUUUUAAAAAUAAUAGUCAUGAAAAAAGUAAAUCUGAAAACUCUUCAAUAGUAAGUGAAAGUUUUGAUGUCUAUGAAUCAUAAUGGUCAAAUUAAAUAUUAAAAAUAGAUGAAUUUUAUUAAAAAGUAUUAAUUUGGAUGUUAUUACCAUUUGUUUCAAGAGAAAUUGAAUCAACUGGAAUAGAAUAUUUAAUGGAUGGAGAAACUCCUCCUAAAAAUAGAUAUCCUAAUUUAGUAGAUCUAGAAAAUAGUAAUAGUAUUGUAAGCAAUAAAGAAACUUAUUUAUUUAUACCUGAAGAUUUUAAUUUAUUUGUUUCAUAAUAUGAAAAAGUUUUGCAAAAAAUAAUUGAUGAUGUUCGUGUUUAAUCAAAUAACUUUUCAUCAGGAAGUUUAUAUAAAGGAUUUAAAAGUGAUUAUUAAGAAAGUGAAAGUUUAAGUGCUUAACAGAAUGUUACUAUAUAUAAUGAAAAGCUAUGUAGUUUUUUCUUUGAUUAACAUUUAAAAAGUCAUUAAACCUUACAAUUUGGUACCACUAGAUAAUCAGAAAUGUAGAAAACUUCAGUUAAACCAUCAUCUUAAUCAUAAGUUUCAUUAAAAAGUGAAGAAGAUAGCGAAUAACUUAAAACAAGAGCUGAAAAAAUUUACUAUGAUAAAUAUACAAAAUAUAUUGAAAAAAUUACACUCUAAGAUUUUAAUCCAGUUCCAGUAUUUUAUUCUGUUAAUUAUGAAGAAUAUAGAUAUAAAAAGAAUGAUAUAGAAUAAAAAUAAUAAUUUUUUGUUGUUGAAUUAGCUGUCAAUGAAUAAUAAUUAUUAACUACUAUGGGAUAUAAACGUUAAGUUAGAGAAACAAUUAAAUAAGCUUGUUUAAAUUUUUAAUCUAAAAAACUGUUGAUUGAACAAUAAAUCUAAACAGUUGAUUCCAAUAGUAUUCAAAGCAAUAUCAGUGAAUAAAUAAGUAAUCAUGAAGGAGAAAUGCUUCAUUACAUGUUUCCUUCACACCCAUCUCAUUACUAUGAAGAUUUAUAUUUUUAAUCUCCUAAAAUAGAUUAAGUAUCUAAUUAACAUAAUCUAAAUGAUAAUAAAUAAUUAUUCACUAGUAGAAGUUAUGAAAAUGACAACUAAAUUAAAUAGAGUUUAAACACAUAGGAAUCAUUAAUGAAAGCAUCAUUAAGAUUGAAAUUUCCAGAAAAGAAUCUUGCUCUAAAAACUAUAAACAAAUUUUUGGAUAAGAAAAAACAGCAAGACUUUUUUAAUGAGACUGAUUCUAAAUUAGCUAUUGAUAGUAGAGCUUCAUAAUAAUUAAUUUAAGAAGAACAUUAAGUUAAAUAUUCUGAAAAUCUUAAAAUAUUUGAUUAGAAUUAUAAAUCAAUACAUUUGAAAAUGAAAGACUUUAAAAAUCCUACUUCCUUUAAAAUAUAAAAAUAUCUUCUUUAUUUUGUUCUUUUUUUAAUAAUCGGAUAUAUCAUACUGUUAACUAUAGCUGUUUUGUAAUAAUAUAACUUUAAUCAAUGUUUUGAUUUGAUUGAAUUAAUGUUAUCUACUUAAUAAAGUUAUUCAUAAAUAACUCAUGGUCUUUAUCGUUUAGAAUUAGCUAAUCUAUUCAGUAUUGAUAAUAAUAUGAAAGAAUUCUACUCUAUUUAAAUUGAUUAAAAUCUUCAAAAUUUAAUAAAUUUAUAAAAUGAAUAAUUAAUUGAUAUAAAUUAAGUUAAUUUUAGUGUAAAUUAAUUUUAUGAUAUAGAAUACUAACUAAUAGUUAAUCCUACAUUAUCAGAGACUAUUUAAAGGAGCUUAGCAUAGUUUUAUAAAAUUAAAAAUAAUACUUUAAAUAAUUCUUAGGUAAUACUAAUUUCGAUUGCUAAUUUAAAAGAAAUAGGUUAGUUACCUCAAUUGGCAUAUAAUAAUUGUUAUGAUGAAAAAGUAUAAAAUGAAGAAUAAGUCUAAUCUUUAUUGACAAUUUAUAUGCUGAUCAUUUUCUUUUUGGUUAUGUUGUUACAGUUUUUGUAAGUUCCAUUAAUAUCAAAGCUUAAGAAUGACCAUAGAAGAUUGUACAAACUAGUGAUAAAAUUGUAAGUCUAUGAAGUGCAAGAUGAAAUCGAGACUUAUGAACAUAUUUUGUCUAUUUUUAAAAAAUCAUUGUAUGAAUGGAUGUUAAUAGAUUUUGUAUAAGAAACUAGAAUGUUUGAAAAUAGUAUUGAUAAUAUAUAGUAUUAAACUUAAUAAUUAACUGAAUAGAGUUAGAAUGUAUUACUUAAUACUAAUAAUAAAAAAAAUAAGUAUAAAUUGUUGGAGAAAUUGAAAAAGUAACACAUAAAUUAAUUUAAGUAUAUCAUAAUAUUAAUGAUUGGAUUAAUAGUAAUACUUGCUUAUUUUUUAAUUAUCUUCUUUGUUAUAUUUAUACUGUCUUAAUAAUUAUUUGAAAAUGCAAAUUUUUUAUUUAAUUUUAAAUUAAUUUAAUCCUCUUUUAUUAACAUUAUUCAUAAUAUAGAUUUAGUAUGUUAUAAUACAUAUGAUCAAUUUCGAUUUGAAAAUUUAAUGAGUUAAGAAGAAUUUAAUAACCAUUCAUAAUCUUUGAAGAGUGAUCAAUAAGAUUAAUAUAUAGAAUUCAAUAAUAAUUUUGCUUCUAUUGUAAGUGAUGAAUAAUUAAAAUAUAAUUUACAACAGAUAAAUGAGAAUAACAUUUGUUUAGAUUAAAUUGGAAUUGCUUGUAAUGAAACUUCAGCAUAUAAACUUAAUCCUAGUAUUUUCUAAUAUUAUUAACAUGGCAUAAAAUAUUUGAUUACAUAAAUAGAUAAAUUAAUUGAAUCGUAACCUCAAUUUUUCUAUUUUAAUAAUAAUAACAAUAGUCUUAAAUAAGUGUAAGAUUUUUUCUAAAACAAUGAUCAUAUUAUAUAUAUAGAUUAUGGUAGUGAGAUCUUAACUUCAGCAUAUGCAAAAUUAGUUGAAGUAGCACAUCUAAAAUUUGAUUAAGCAUUGACGACUUAUAAAUAAACAUUGAUGAUAUUUAUUUUGAGUGUGGGAAUGUUGGGAUUGUUGAUUAUUUUGAUGUUAGGAAGAUUGCUAUUAAAUAUGCAAUAAGAUUCCAUUAAUACAUGUUAAUCAUCACUUCUUCUCAUUUCUCCUAAAAGAUAUUUGAAUCAAAAUAUAGCACAAAUAACUUAGAAAAAAAGAUGA